UGACGUAAGGUGAUGAGAUUUUGCUGUUUGACGCCUGCGCGGGAUACACUGACUGGAACCAUUGGAGAGAUUAGCAUGAAACUGUGAAUGUAGUGCGCAACAACAGGACGCCAUAUUGGCUCAAGUUAGGCUACAAAAAACCGUGUGUGGGCCUUCUUUUCUUCGUGGCCAUUUUGGCUCUGGAAAGACCACUUGUCUGGUCGACAGAGGGAGGAGUCUGGCAUUUCUGGAAGUCGCGAAAAAAAAAAAAAAAACAGCCAGGCAAAGCCAGUCAGCAUCUUGGGAAGCGUAAAACCCGAGAGCAACGAGUGGGUUUUUUUUUCUUCACGGUACAAUUUUAAUAUUCUCCAGCACAAGCGGUCUAUGCAACAGAGAAGGCUGUGGACAUGGUCGCGAAGGGCUUCAAUUUGGGCUCGGGAAGCUGAAGCACACUGCAGCCCGAGCUCAUAGCGUUUUUUCGGUGGGGAUAAGCCAUCUGUGAUACACCAACCGGUGAUUCUGUCGACUGCUAGCUCCCGUUAACCUAGCUUGCUAACCCUUCUCGAGAGUCCCGUUAGCUUGCGGCGAAAGGCAGCAUCUUGGGUCGGAGCACGGGACGUGUCUGUGGAUGCUGCUGCGGGUGCAAUAAUCUUCGCCAGUGGGGUACACACCCGAGGCAAUGCUAAAAGGGGUGUUCUUCUUCCAACGACCGAGGAAAUCUCCACGCCCUGGGGUCUCGUCUGUGGUUACGGCUUAGCCAGCCCACCAGGAGCGGAGCUCGGGAGAAGGUGGGGCCGAAGACUGACAGCCUGGGUCGCCAGCUAAAUGCGGCUAACCGGCUAAUUCGGUUUAUUUUAGUGGCUAUUUGUGUUCUCGUUAAUUUUUGUUUUUUAGGGGUUUUGCGUUAGCAGCUGCGUGUUUUCCCGACACAGCAGUAACCUCACUUGACAAAGAAAUUAAGCUGACAUUGAUUACUUCCAAACCCCGGUGGGUGGGAUUUCUUCUGGAGAGCAUCCCAGCUUGCCUCGAUGACCAUGGCGGACGACGACGUGCUGUUCGAGGAUGUGUACGAGCUUUGCGAGGUGAUCGGCAAGGGUCCCUUCAGCGUGGUGAGGCGCUGCAUCAACAGGGACACGGGCCAGCAGUUUGCCGUAAAGAUUGUGGACGUGGCCAGCUUCACCUCUAGCCCCGGCCUCAGCACAGAAGAUCUGAAGCGAGAGGCCAGCAUCUGCCACAUGCUCAAGCACCCUCACAUCGUGGAGCUGCUGGAGACCUACAGCUCUGACGGCAUGCUCUACAUGGUCUUUGAAUUCAUGGAUGGCGCCGACCUGUGUUUUGAAAUUGUUAAGAGGGCCGAUGCUGGGUUUGUCUACAGCGAAGCUGUGGCCAGCCACUACAUGAGGCAGAUAUUGGAGGCCCUGAGGUACUGCCAUGACAACAAUGUGAUUCAUCGAGAUGUAAAGCCUCAUUGUGUGCUUUUGGCUUCAAAAGAGAACUCUGCUCCAGUGAAGCUGGGAGGAUUUGGAGUGGCAAUCCAGCUGGGAGAGUCUGGUUUAGUAGCUGGAGGUCGGGUCGGCACGCCUCACUUCAUGGCCCCGGAGGUGGUGAAGAGGGAACCGUACGGUAAACCCGUGGAUGUGUGGGGCUGUGGGGUCAUCCUCUUCAUCCUGCUCUCCGGCUGCCUGCCUUUUUACGGCACCAAGGAGCGCCUGUUUGAGGCCAUCAUUAAGGGCAAAUACAAGAUGAACCCUCGCCAGUGGGCUCACAUCUCUGAGAGCGCCAAGGACCUGGUGAGGCGCAUGCUGAUGCUGGACCCUGCAGAGAGAAUCACAGUCUACGAGGCCCUGAACCACCCCUGGCUGAAGGAGAGGGACAGGUACGCCUACAAGAUCCACCUGCCGGAGACGGUGGAGCAGCUGAGGAAGUUCAACGCCAGGAGGAAGCUGAAGGGUGCAGUGCUGGCUGCUGUUUCCAGCCACAAAUUUAACUCCUACUAUGGGGACCCUCCAGAGGAGCUCCAUGACUUCUCAGAUGACCCCACCUCCUCAGGACUGCUAGCUGCUGAAAGGGCAGUAUCGCAGGUUUUGGACAGUUUAGAGGAGAUCCACGCGUUGACGGACUGCAGUGAGAAAGACAUGGACUUCCUGCACAGCGUCUUCCAGGAUCAGCACCUCCACACCCUGUUAGAUCUGUAUGACAAAAUCAACACCAGGUCGUCCCCUCAGAUUAGAAACCCUCCAAGUGACGGAGUGCAGAGAGCCAAAGAGGUACUGGAAACCAUUGCCUGUUACCCGGAGAACAUGGAAGCCAAGGAGCUCAGGAGGAUCCUCACGCAGCCGCACUUCAUGGCUCUGCUGCAGACCCACGAUGUGGUGGCGCACGAGGUUUAUAGCGACGAGGCUCUGAGGGUCACCCCGCCACCCACUUCCCCUUACCUAAACGGAGACUCCCCAGACAGCACCAACGGGGACAUGGACCUGGAGAAUGUGACCAGAGUCCGGCUGGUCCAGUUCCAGAAAAACACUGACGAGCCAAUGGGCAUUACUCUUAAAAUGAAUGACCUCAACCACUGUAUUGUGGCACGCAUCAUGCAUGGGGGAAUGAUUCACAGACAAGGGACGCUGCAUGUUGGAGAUGAGAUUCGAGAGAUCAAUGGCAUCAGCGUAGCCAAUCAGACGGUAGAACAGCUGCAGAAGAUGCUGAGGGAAAUGAGAGGCAGCAUCACUUUCAAGAUUGUACCCAGUUACCGCUCCCAGUCAGUCUCCUGCGAGAAGGAGUCGCCAGAUUUGUCUCGCCAGUCACCUGCAAACGGUCAUGCUAGUGUCACCAGCUCCAUCCUGGAUUUGCCUUCGACGAUUCAGCCCAAAGGCCGUCAGAUCUCCAGACCUGCCAUCAAGGACAAAUUGUCCAUCAAGAUUUACGUACGCGCUCAGUUUGAGUACGACCCGGCGAAGGAUGACCUUAUCCCUUGUAAGGAGGCGGGCAUUCGCUUCCGCGUCGGCGAUAUCAUCCAGAUCAUCUCCAAGGACGACCACAACUGGUGGCAGGGAAAGCUGGAGAACACCAAGAAUGGCACGGCCGGCCUCAUCCCUUCGCCUGAGCUGCAAGAGUGGCGUGUAGCGUGUAUAGCGAUGGAGAAAACCAAGCAGGAGCAGCAGGCCAGCUGCACCUGGUUUGGCAAAAAGAAGAAACAGUACAAAGAUAAAUAUCUGGCCAAGCACAAUGCAGUGUUUGAUCAACUAGAUCUGGUGACAUACGAGGAGGUCGUCAAGCUGCCAUCCUUCAAGAGGAAAACACUUGUUUUGCUUGGUGCUCAUGGAGUCGGAAGGCGACACAUCAAGAACACACUCAUUGCCAAACACCCAGACCGCUUUGCCUAUCCAAUUCCUCACACCACUCGGCCCCCCAAGAAGGACGAGGAGAACGGGAAGAACUACUACUUUGUGUCUCAUGACCAGAUGAUGCAAGACAUCAGCAACAACGAUUACCUGGAGUACGGCAGUCAUGAGGACGCCAUGUACGGAACCAGGCUGGAGACCAUCAGGCAAAUCCACGCUCAGGGCAUGAUCGCCAUCCUGGAUGUGGAACCGCAGGCAUUAAAGAUCCUGAGGACCGCAGAGUUUGCCCCGUAUGUUGUUUUCAUUGCGGCGCCCACCAUCACCCCGGGCAUGACUGAGGAUGACUCCCUGCAGAGGCUCCAGAAGGAGUCGGAGAUGCUGCAGCGAACAUAUGCUCACUAUUUCGACCAGACCGUCAUCAACAACGAGAUCGACGACACCAUUCGCCUGCUGGAGGAGGCUGUGGACCUGGUGUCCAGCACCGCUCAGUGGGUUCCCGUCUCCUGGGUCUACUGACAAACAUCCUCCUCGUCCUCCUCCCUUCACCAGGAAUCUGAACUCUGUCACUUUCUCUCAUUAGUCACGUUUCUGUAGAUAAACUGAUGUUUAAAAAGUGGGGAAAUGAAGAACAAUGACUGCACACUUCAUCCCACCUCCUACCCAUCUCUCAAGAGCCUGAGAGGCUCAUUGACAUGUACAUAUAUACAUAUGUGUGUAUAUAUAAAUGAUAAAACUACAUGAAUAUGGUUCUGUCCUCAUAGUUGAAGGUGGGGAGUGGUGGAGCAGUGUAGUAGAUAUUUUGUAAUUUUCAUUUUGUAAUCGAUGGAUGGAUGAAAAAUAUUGGAAAAGGCAAUAGCAAGCAUGACCAUAAAACAGUCCUAUGGAGUUGCCUGUGUGUGUGUUGGCCUUUUAAAGGCACUUCUUGUGGUACUGUGUGUUCUCUCUUACAUCCCUCCAGACCCUUGGCCUCUGUGACAAACAAGCCGACCUUUGAAGCACAUUUGAAGCUGCUACCGUGGCGACAACUCCCUGAGCUCUCAGUGUAGGUUUGGUUGAAGGAAAAAGCACUGCAAACCGGUUCUCUACCCCCCCAUUAUCUAUUAUUUCACUGACCCUCUGUGCCUUUCAGCCUGUUGAAGGAGCACACUGCAUCCCUCUGUUGCUGUUGUUUCAUGCCUCCCCUGACAAACCACUGACGGUCUAUUGUUUACAUGUCGGUUUGCACAAAACGGACAAUGAAGAAACAUACAAAGAAAACGUACAUUGCAUCACCUCGGCUUUGAUUUUAUUCUGUCCUCUAACCUACAACGCAAUCAGGAGAUACCGACACGAUUCCUUAAGACACAAUCAGCAGAUGAAAAGCACCGACUUUAACUAAGAUGGGCUCUAAAACUGGAAGAUGACCCAAAACCAAAAGGAGAACCUGCCUUACCAGAGCCUGGAGGGGGCAGAAAACGUUCUUACCACCUAUGCACACCCCUGGUUUCUGCCAGGCAGACUGCCACGACCGUGUUCUUCUAGCCCAACAGAGAGCCAUUGCUUGUUCAAAUGACAGAAAAGAGCUUUCAGCCCUAAAGCCACCGAUUCAGAACUGUUACCUGUCGUCUUUAAAAAUAUGAAAAGUAUUCUUGUUUUGGACGCAAGAAAAUAAUUUUGUGUGUAAAUGUCUCAAUGGUGCGUACGUCAUACGAGUGAAUUACCAAGAGCCAGUGUAUAUUAACCCUGAAAAGAAGCUCAGUAUGUGACAUAACUUUCUCACACUUUAUCAAAAGUGGCACAGCGCUCCCCUACCUGCAGUGAGGAGGAGGCCUGAUGACAUCAAAUCUAAAGUUAUUUGAACUUGUGGUGUAGCAGCUGUUUUGGCCACUUUCAGUGUGGUGUUUUAUUUCAUGUCCUGUGUAAAUUACCUCUGCAACGACAGAAGCAGCUCCUCUGGAAAAAAAUGUUGUUCUUUUUGUUAUUUCAUUUUUAAAGAAAAUAUAUUUCCUUUUACGUGUUUAAAGUAAAA